CGAAGAAUAGGUAAGGUGCUAAACGCAUUGCUCAAGCUACAAAGUCAAUUGAAAGCUCUCUUGUCGUCUAUGUCGACCUGCAGAUCCAUUAUUGCCAUUGCUGUCCUCGUUCACGUACAAAAUCAGCACCAAACAACUACACGUAGCGACGCAUUGAAACAUAUAGGACCAACCCGAACGUAACUCUCAUAAUGUCAGGAAAGAAUGAGCAAGGAAAGAUGGACGUGACGCAGAAGAAUGUCUUCAAUGCGCCUCUUCACCAGCACUCUGCAAACUCCAAAACCCUCGUUACCGGCUACAGCCCCGGAAUGUGCUCAAGCGAGAUGCCACUUGCCCUCAACCUUACAUCCUCAUUUCUCGACUGGUCUCAAAAGCAAGGUACCGACCUGCGUAAAUCGGGUAUCAAAGAGGGAAUGCGUCUUUGUGGAUACGUAAACACCUGGAAAGCGGCUGUCGACGCGGGCAUCGACGAUGUUCCCAGGGUGAAGCUCGAAAGCACGCAUCACCAUGCAUUAGACAUCGUCAGCAUGGAUACUCUAAAAAAGUACGCUGCCGAGCAGGACAAUAGAAGACCGGAGAGCAGAGUGGUGCUGCCAAAAGACGGAAACCAGAGCAUUGCGCGAGAGAGCAAUCAAAUCGGCGGGAAAGAGCCUAGGGCCUAGACUUGCCAGUCAAUCUAUCACGAAGAACAAUCAGUGUCUAGUUUCAGGAGGCGACACAGUUUCAUUAUCAAUGAAAGUUGAUGUGAUCAAGGAAGGUCAAUCGAACAUUCUGUUCUGAGUCCUACAACUCGCUUUUCCAGACAUUCAGUCAUCUCCACUGCCCAACAGUGUGUCUUGCUGUCUUUCCAAACUAUCGUUCGAC